CAUAAUGACUUUCCAUAAAUAGCACUACAUGUGUUUUUAUUUUCAAUGUAUCACUUUUAGUCAUUAUCCAUUAGUCAUUAUUCAAAUAAAUGUUAAUCAUCACUGGUCAUUAUAGACAUUAUUAAGUACUCCCUCCUCCCAAAAAGAAUGAGACGGUUUGACUUUUUGGGAAAUUAAGGGAGAGAUAUUUUGGUAUUGACUUUCCAAAAAUACCCUUGAUGUGAUGGGUAAAAGUAGGAUGUGAUGGGUAGAUUAUUAGAAAAAAGGAGAGAAGAAAAAAGUUUGAGAUGGGCCGUACACUUCCUCACGUAGUAGAAGACUGCCAUGGCCUCCUCAAGCUCUACAGCGACGGCUCAGUUUUCCGGUCCAAAGACGUCCUCAUGCACGUCCCGUCUCCGGUUCACGACGACUCUUCCGUCGUCUGGAAAGAUACCCUUCUCGACGACGCUCGCGGCCUCCACCUCCGCAUUUAUCGGCCGCGUUCCCCAGCGCCAUCCGCCAACGCCCUCCCCGUCGUGUUCUUCUUCCACGGCGGGGGGUUCUGCUUCGGGUCCCGCACGUGGCCUAACAGCCACGCCACGUGCGUCCGCCUUUGCUUCGGCCUCCGGGCCGUCGUCCUGGCUCCGGACUACAGGCUGGCGCCGGAGCACAGGCUUCCUGCGGCCGCCGACGACGCUUUUCGCGCCGUGAAGUGGCUCGCCAGCCAGGCGUGGGCCCGGGGCCGGGAGGGAGUUCUGGGGGAUGGGGUUGACUUUGGCCGGGUUUUCGUUGUGGGAGACUCCUCGGGCGGAAACUUGGCUCACCAUUUGGCGGUUCGGCUAAGAGCCGGCUCACAGGAGCUGGCUCCCGUCCGAGUCCGUGGCUAUGUGAUGUUGUCUCCCUUUUUUGGCGGGACCGUGAGAACCAAAUCCGAAGCCGAAGGACCACCGGAACCAAGUUUGAAUAUCCAAAUUCUCGACAGGUUUUGGAGACUGGCGUUGCCGACGGGGCAAAACACAGACCACCCGAUGGCGAACCCGUUCGGGCCCGAAAGCCCGAGCCUGGAGAGAGUGAGACUUGACCCGAUCCUGGUGAUGGUCGGGGGCAAAGAGAUAGUGAAGGACAGGGUGGAGAACUAUGUGAUGAAAAUGAAAAGCUUGAAGAAGGAAGUGGACUAUGUUGUGUUCCAAGGGGAGUACCAUGGCUUCUUCAUCAAUGACCCCUUCUCCGACGUCGGGGAUCUUGUCGUCCAAAAAAUCAUGGAUUUCAUGUCAAAAGUGUAACGCUCCGUUUGGUAUAUGGAAUUUAAGUCGUGGAAUUGGAGUUCGGGACUACAAUUUCUAUUCAAUUUCAAUUCCGACAAUUCUGUGUAUUAAACGGACCCUAAUUCUAUUCGUGUGUUGUAUGGAAAGAAAGUGUACGUGCAUGUGCAUGUAAAAUAAAAACGAACGCCUGAAAAACUCGAUUUGGUCAUAUUAUGGGUUUUCAAAAGUUAUGUGGUUUUUUUAAGUGAUUAGCAGAUUGAUUGCAUGUAAUAAAAUGUUAAGUAGUGU